UUAUAAACAGAAGCCUUCCUUUUCUCUCUUCUUAUUUCAUUACAUUAUGGAUCUCUAUCAAGAUUAUACUGAAUGGCAAGAGCCUGACGUACCAAUAAACAAAAAAGAAGAAAAGCCUUUUUUACAAGAAUGGCCUUAUCAAGAUGAUGCUGCAUCACCACCACAACAAGGCCAAAAUAAACCUUUGCGACAACAAGAUCAAAGAGCACCUAUAGACCAGCCAUGGAGACAAGACCAAGCACAAUAUGAUCUCAAUCCAUUACCACUAAAUCCAUUUGAGGAAGAAGAUAUAAGAACAUCACCACCUAUGGGUGAAAGAACAUUGGCGCCAACAGCACCAAAAUCAAUGCCCACAGAAUUAGGACAAACAGCAAUGACAGCAGCAGCAGCAGUUACCACUGAUAUAGCCAUCACUGCUUCAAAUGGACUUGUUACUACUACCGGUCAAAUGAUUGAUGCUACCACUGCUAUUGCCAGUGAAGCAGAGCAGCCUAAAGUAGAUAUAGGAGGCGGCUUACCAGCACUACCAGCUCGUCCAUCUAAACUUGAACGUCAGCAAUCAGCCUUACCAUCCAAAGUGCCUAAAAAAGUAGUCAAACCACGACUUGAUAUCCCAUCAGGCAGUGAUUUGGGAAUCGUAGGCAAAUUAGGUGCUUUCCAAGUAGCACAUUCAAAAAACCCAACUUCUUUUGCCUCAAGGCAAUCCAACUUCGUCUUUUGGACAUACACACUCACACUUUUUAUUACAUUAUAUUUAGCCAUAAAAGCAAAACGAUAUUAGCGAGUUAAACACAAACAUAGUUUAUUCAAAAUAAAUAUAUUAAAUGCUUUCUUUUUGUUA